GGCACCGUGAGGCGGGAGCGCCCCCGCCCAGCGCUCGGCUCUUUAUCUCGGAAAAGAUGGCAGAUCCCUGGCAAGAAUGUAUGGAUUAUGCAGUUGAUUUAGCAAGGAAAGCUGGGGAGAUAAUUCGUGGAGCACUGAAAGAAGAAAUAUCUGUUAUGACUAAAAGUUCACCUGUAGAUCUAGUGACAGAAACUGAUCAAAAAGUAGAAAACUUCCUUAUUUCUUUGAUAAAAGAAAAGUAUCCUUCUCACAGCUUUAUCGGAGAAGAAUCUGUUGCAGCUGGACAGGGCAGCAUUCUGACAGAUAACCCCACAUGGAUUAUAGACCCUAUUGAUGGAACUACCAACUUUGUACACAGGUUUCCAUUUGUGGCAGUUUCAAUUGGCUUUGUUGUAAACAAAAAGAUAGAGUUUGGAAUUGUGUAUAGUUGUGUAGAAGACAAAAUGUAUACUGCCAGAAAGGGAAAAGGUGCAUUUUGCAAUGGUCAGAAACUUCAAGUAUCGGGCCARCAAGAUAUUACUAAAUCCCUUUUAGUAACAGAAUUGGGGUCAAAUCGUGAUCCAGAGGCUAUAAAAAUAAUACUUUCGAAUAUGGAAAGACUUCUCAGUAUUCCUAUUCAUGGGAUUAGAGCUGUUGGUACAGCAGCUGUGAACAUGUGCCUUGUGGCAACGGGUGGAGCUGAUGCCUAUUAUGAAAUGGGGAUUCACUGCUGGGAUAUGGCCGGAGCUGGGAUCAUUAUUACUGAAGCUGGUGGAGUACUGCUGGACGUGACAGGUGGACCAUUUGAUUUGAUGUCUCGGAGAAUAAUUGCUGCAAGUAGUCAAGCUGUYGCAGAGAGAAUAGCCAAAGCACUUCAAGUAAUUCCUCUGAGAAGAGAUGAUGCGACCAACUGAACACCAAAGCUACACCAUAAAUGUCCUUAUCUAAUGUUGUCUGGUAUUCCCACAUGGUCGUUCUACACCUUGAAUCAAUGGUAGUCUUUUAGUACUGGCGUGGCUGCUAAGUUGAGCUUUGAGAUUGAAACAACAUUCUAAAUAAGCUUUAACUGUUGAGUAUUUUAUUUAACAUUUUUAUUAGAUAAAAAUCUAGAAAAAUAAAUAUAUGCAACUAGUAUUUUUAUGUUUUAUACUACACUGGAAUGCAUAGCAAGAGACUCUUUGGUGUAUAGAUAAAUAAAGAUCUCUAAUUCUGUAGUGACAAACAAAAACCACUGUCCUAACACCACAUCAUCACAUCUGAUCCUGAACCCAAAAUGAUGACGGCAUCACUGUUUAUCCAGUCUUACUCUCGCUGGUCUCCAGUGUAUCCAUUUCCUUACCUCAUUGCAGUUUUUGUGAAGGGAGUUCACACAUUUCUGAACUUGUUAGUUGCUGGUAGUUUUGACAACAAUUUUAAAGCCUUCAWUGCUUACCUAUCAUUGUUUUUGUAGUCAUGAUUUUACCUUUCUUAUGGUAGACAGACACAGUCUCUUCUUUAGCCUUGUAUGUGGCUAGUACUCUUGCAAAUCCAUUACAGUUUCAAAAGUAAAAGUUAUUGUGCCUGAGAAUACAUGUAUCUCCCAGAAUUAAGUUCUGAGCACACCUAUCACUCAAAAUUAAGAUGCAGUGUAAUUUGCAUUUUGUUAAUUUUGAUUGGCUUUCUUCAUGGAUGAGUGUGUUUUUAAGCCUAAGGAAUCAUUAAAUCCAACUCAGCUGGCAAAAAAAAAGCCCAUAGUCCUUAUUUUUUACAUAAUUUUCUGUAAGUUACGAAAGCUKUGACCAGCCAGGACCAGGUUUCCAUUGUGUUAUAGAAUGUAUACAGAAGAAGACACAUAGCUAAACCAAAAGGGUUUAUCAAUCUAAGAAAUAUUAGUGAUUUAAUUCUAGGUGUCAGUUGUUGUAAACUUUGAAAAUUGUAAUGGUUCUGUGCAUUUUUGUAUUUAAGGUUGUUAAAAGCAUCAGUGCACUGUUCAAAUAAUGAAUGCACUUUAAAAAAAGAUGUAACUCUGAUUGGUUUUUAGACUUUUUGUGUUGAAAAGAAAGUUGUCUCACUGGUUGUUCAGUCAAGAUACAGCAAUGCUUUGGAAAGCCUGACUUUUUGUACUUCUGUCCCACUAUUUUUAUUUUGAAAAAUGCUAUAUUGAAGUUUGAACAGAUUGCAUAUUAUAAAUGUCAGGCUUUUAUAUCAGUUGWUUUUUGCAGAUUUUUUCAGAAAUACUUAAUUGGAAGAUGUAUGUCAUGCCAGAUGAUCAAUGUUAACAAGGUCAGCCUGCUAUUUGAAGGUCUUCUUAAAAAGCCAGACUCACAAUUAUUUUAGUUUUAAAAAUUCCUAUUGACUAGGAUGGAARCCUUUUGAGCAUUUUGCUGUAACUUUAUUACUGUAAACAAUGUGGGAUCAUGGUUAUUUUUGAGAUAUCUUGUGUGUCAUUGCUGUGGCUUUUGUAUAACAAAAKCUACAUAACUUCAUUUGUGAAAUUGAGAUAUGUCUAAAAAAUACUUGAAAUGGGAAAAUGUUAGAAAUAAAUUCACUUUAGCAGCA